CGGGCCAAUGGCGGCGCGCGUUCUUGGGGCGUGGGCGAAGGGGCUGCUCUCCCUUGGCCGUGGUGUGUGGGCCGGGGUUGGUGUGGACUCCUGGCUUAGCUGCACUUGGCCGCACUUGUGCAGCUAGGGCUUUUGUGUCCGGCUUUGGUUUUGCUUUGUGUGUGCGAGUUUCCGCUGUGCUCCGCGGCGUAAGUCCCGGCCGGGAGCCGUGAGGGUUGGAGGCGGCAGCGCGGAUCCCCCCCCACCCCCGGGCGAGGAGCGAGCGCGCCGGCGUGAGCGGCGGGUGUGAGGGCGGCGGGGAAGGGGAUUCGCCGCCGAGAUGCCGGAGUUCCUGGAAGACCCCUCGGUCCUGACGAAAGAGAAGUUGAAGAGUGAGUUGGUCGCCAACAACGUGACGCUCCCGGCCGGGGAGCAGCGCAAAGACGUGUAUGUGCAGCUCUACCUGCAGCACCUCACGGCGCGCAACCGGCCGCCGCUCGCCGCGGGCGCCAACAGCAAGGGGCCCCCGGACUUCUCCAGCGACGAGGAGCGCGAGCCUACCCCAGUCCUCGGCUCCGGGGCCACCGCCGCGGGCCGCAGCCGCUCCGCCGUCGGCAGGAAAGCCACAAAGAAAACUGAUAAACCCAGACAAGAAGAUAAAGAUGAUCUAGAUGUAACAGAGCUCACUAAUGAAGAGCUUCUGGAUCAGCUUGUGAAGUAUGGAGUGAAUCCUGGUCCUAUUGUGGGAACAACCAGGAAGCUAUAUGAGAAAAAGCUGUUGAAACUGAGGGAACAAGGAACAGAAUCUAGAUCUUCCACUCCUUUGCCAACAAUUUCUUCUUCAGUGGAAAAUACAAGACAGAAUGGAAGUAAUGACUCUGACAGAUACAGUGACAAUGAAGAAGGAAAGAAGAAAGAACACAAGAAAGUGAAGUCCACUAGGGAUUUUGUUCCUUUUUCUGAACUUCCAACUACUCCCUCUGGUGGAUUUUUUCAGGGUAUUUCUUUUCCUGAAAUCUCCACCCGUCCUCCUUUGGGCAGGACUGAACAACAGGCAGCUAAGAAAGUACAUACUUCUAAGGGAGACCCACCUAGGGAACCUCUUAUUGCCACAACCUUGCCUGGCAGGGAACAGUUGCAGAAAUUAGCCCCUGGAGGGAAUUUGUUUAUUUCCUCCAAGUCUAGCCAUAAUAGAUGUUUAGAGAAAAGUUCUUCGACAUCUUCUCAGCAUGAACUCGCUGCCAUGUUGGUCUCUGCUGCAGCUUCUCCUUCACUGAUUAAAGAAACCACCAGUGCUUGCUAUAAAGACAUAGUAGAAAAUAUUUACUGUGGAGAGAAAAGUGGAAUUCAACCGUUAAGUACUGAGAGGCCCCAUGUUUCAGGUCAGUCGAUUCUCCCCAGUGAAAGGAAAGCACUAGAAGAGUCUGAGAGAUCACACAUAAUUUCUCCACCGCUUGCUCAGGCAAUCAGAGAUUAUGUCAAUUCUCUGUUGGCCCAGGGUGGAGUAGGUAGUUUGCCUGGGACUUCUAACUCUACACCCCUGCUGGAUGUAGAAAAUACACGGAAGAGAAUUGAUCAAUCUGAUUUUCGAGAAACUGAAUCCCUGUCUCCUCCACGAAAAUUACCUAGACUCAGUGAAAAGUCAGUAGAGGGAAAGGAUUCAGGUUCCUAUGUGGCAUUUCAAAAUAUGCCUGGACCUGAAGUGAUGUCUUCUUUUGCAAAAACUGUUGUCUCUCAUUCACUCACUACCUUAGGCAUAGAAAUGUCUAUGCAAUCUCAGCAUGAUAAAAUAGAUGCUCCUGAACUGUCUUUUCCCUUCCAUGAAUCUAUUUUAAAAGUAAUUGAAGAGGAGUGGCAGCAAAUCGACAAGCAACUGCCUUCAUUGGCAUGCAAGUAUCCAAUUUCUUCCAGAGAGGCAACAAGGAUAUUAUCAGUUCCAAAAGUAGAUGAUGAAAUCCUGGGGCUUAUUACUGAUGCCUCUCCACCAACAGGUAUUCAGGCAGUUUCCAACGAGUCCUGUGAUAAACAGUUGGACUUAGCACUUUGUAGAACAUAUGAAGCUGCAGCAUCAGCAUUGCAGGUUGCAACCCAUACUGCCUUUGUAGUUCGGGCUAUGCAGGCAGACAUUAGUCAGGCUGCGCAAAUUCUUAGCUCAGAACCUAGUCGAACGCACCAGGCACUUGGGAUGCUGAGCAAAACAUAUGAUGCAGCCUUAUUUCUUUGUGAAGCUGCCUUUGAUGAAGUAAAGAUGGCUGCGCAUACUAUGGGAUCUUCUACUUUAGGUCGCCGGUAUCUCUGGCUAAAGGAUUGCAAAAUUAAUCCAGCUUCUAAGAAUAAGCUGGCUGUUGUUCCCUUUAAAGGUGGAAUGUUACUUGGAAGAGAAGGAUUGAAAAUAAUUAAAAAGCGUGGAAAUAAACACUAAUAAAGUUAACAAUAAAGACAUCUAUCUUAUCUUUGAUAUGGGGAACUUGGCAGCUUAAGGUCUUUUUAGUUUCCAGAAUAGGCUGGUAUCAAAGUAUCGAGCUUCUGCCUAUUAACUUGCAGUAUAAAUUGCCUCCAUAUAACUGCCUCUUUUUAAAGUUGCACAGACAGCAUGAUAACGAACAAUUUAAAGCUUUUCUUGAUCAUUUUUUUUCCUCAAAUAGUUGUCUUUCCUAUUUUAAGAUUUUACAAUUCUUCAAAACUAAGAAAAUUCCAUUAACUAGAUUAUAAGUAGAAUCUUCACAGUUUUAAAUAACUUUUACUGAAUAACUUUUUACUUUCCAGAACGUGUCUACAUAUUUUCUCUUAUUUUGUCACUUGUGUUUUUUACUUACGUUUAUAGUAUCAUUCAUAAUAUUCACAAUCAGUGCAACUCAGAGUGCCAGUCUAUAAUAUUACUGAUCCACAGACAAGAUAAGCAAUACACUAGAAUUUUAAUCUAGAGAUUCUUUUUAGAUCAGUCAAUGACAGGGUUUAUUUUUGUGGUAAAAUUUUACUGAUAGAGGAAAAUAGGGUGCUAGUUUAUAUUCUGGUGCAAAUGCCUUGUUUCUUCAUGGACUGGUAGUGAACAGUUCAUGGACCACACUGAGAAAUACUGCUGUAGACCAAGUGUUCUGGGAUGAUUCAUUCUCACCAUCACUGUAGUUUGCCAGAUAAACUAGAUACUGGGAAAAGAUGGGACUUUUUUUUUUAAUAGCACUUUUAAUGUAUGUUGUAAUUCAUGGAUGAUUAGACAAUCUAAAAUUCUGAAAGCAAAUUUACUUUUUUAAGUCAUAAGAAAUCAUACUAUGUCCUAGUUUCUUUGUGUCUAUAUAAAGCAAUAUAUCAUUCUCUGUUUUCAUUUCUAUGAUUGUAAGAUGAGAGUCUAACUAGAGAGGCAUUUGAUAAUUGAAUUUCUUUGUAUUUUUAUGGAAAACAGUAAUAUUAAGUAUAAGCAAAAUAUAGUCCCUUGGGUACUUCUAGUCAUUACUAUAUUCUUAGACUCUACGUGUCCAUCUUUGCAGCUUUCUGGGAGUAAUUUUAUUUGUUAUUUGUCUUCUGAAAUGUACAUGUAUACAUGUACCUAAGUGCUAUGUGAUUUUUUUUAAUGUAUUACUGUAGACUGCUUCUGCAAUUUCAAUAAAGUUGUUAAAUUUGAACAGU